UUACGCCCCCUUCAUCGCUAGGCGGCUGGGCCUAAGCCCCUUCAACUCUUAAACCCUAAAAACCUCCCCAAAGCAAUCAAACAAGCAAAGCAGCUGCCAGGCCAGCUCCGCCAUGGUGAAGGCCUACCUUCGGUACGAACCGGCAGCGGCCUUCGGAGUCAUUGUCUCCGUGGAGUCCAACAUCACUUACGACAGCUCCGGCAAAUUCCUCCUAGCUCCGGCGCUCGAGAAGGUUGGCGUCUGGCACGUACGCCAGGGCCUUUGUACCAAAAAUCUUGCUCCUUCGCCUGCCUCUCGCGGCCCCUCUCUUGCCGUCACCUCCAUUGCCUCUUCCCCUUCCUCAAUGAUCGCCAGUGGCUAUGCAGAUGGCAGCAUAAGAAUUUGGGAUAGCGAGAAAGGAACCUGUGAGACCACAUUAAAUGGACAUAAAGGGGCUGUGACUGUACUUCGAUUCAAUAAGCUUGGAUCCUUGCUUGCUUCUGGAAGCAGGGAUAAUGAUAUAAUACUAUGGGACGUGGUUGGCGAGACUGGCCUGUAUCGCCUUCGCGGGCAUCGUGAUCAGGUCACUGACCUCGUUUUCUUAGAUUCCGGUAAGAAACUUGUUAGUUCCUCCAAAGACAAGUUCUUGAGAGUAUGGGAUCUUGAAACUCAACACUGUAUGCAAAUAGUUAGUGGCCAUCACAGUGAAAUAUGGUCCAUAGACAUUGAUCCAGAGGAAAGAUUUCUGGUCAGUGGGUCUGCAGAUGUAGAACUCCGAUGUUACGCUCUCAAGCAUGACUUGGUAGAUGGACAACCUGUAUCUUGGAUAAAUGGAGAUUCAUCCACUCAAAACAAAUGGGAGGUUUUGAAACUGUUUGGUGAAAUUCGGCGACAAAGCAAAGAUAGAGUCUCAACUGUGAAAUUCAACAAAUCAGGGAAUUUGCUUGCCUGUCAAGUUGCAGGAAAGACCGUCGAGAUAUUCAGCAUACUGGAUGAGGCCAAAGCAAAGCGUAAAGCAAAACGGAGGCUUCAUCGGAAGAAAGAAAAAGAAGCUGCAAAAGGGGCAGCUGAGGUUAUGGAAAAUGGGGACACAAAUCUUGGAACUGGAGAGGACGGAAAUAUCCCAUUGGUUACUGCCGCUGAUGUUUUUAAGCUUCUUCAUAUUGUGCGGGCUAGCAAAAAAAUAUGUUCCAUUUCUUUCUGUCCAAUGACUCCAAAGAACUUUUUGGCCAUCUUGGCAUUGUCUUUGAACAACAAUCUAUUGGAAUUUUAUUCCAUUGAUAACAGUGAUGCCACAAGAUCACUUGCUUUUGAGCUCCAAGGACAUCGUUCUGAUGUCAGAAGUGUAACACUUAGUUCAGACAACUCUCUUUUGAUGUCAACUAGUCACAAUGCAGUAAAAAUUUGGAAUCCAAGUACUGGUUCUUGCCUUCGAACUGUUGACUCUGGGUACGGACUAUGUGGUUUAAUUAUUCCUCAGAACAAGUAUGCACUUGUUGGAACUAAAGAAGGAACUCUAGAAAUUAUUGACAUGGGGAGUGGAACUUGCCUUGAAGCAGUGGAAGCUCAUGGUGGCUCUGUUCGGUCAAUUGCAGCUCUUCCCAAUGAAAAUGGUUUUGUCACCGGAAGUGCUGAUCAUGAUGUUAAGUUCUGGGAAUACCGGAUUAAGCAGCAAUCUGGUCAAGAUACUAAACACCUAACAGUUUCAAAUGUGAGGACUAUGAAGAUGAACGAUGAUGUUCUUGUGGUUGCAGUAAGCCCUGAUGCUAAAUAUAUUGCUGUUGCACUGUUGGAUUGUACAGUGAAGAUUUUCUUUGCGGAUUCACUUAAAUUUUUUCUUUCCUUAUAUGGUCACAAGCUACCUGUGCUAUGUAUGGAUAUUUCAUCUGAUGGCGAUCUGAUUGUGACUGGCUCUGCUGACAAAAAUUUAAAGAUCUGGGGCUUGGAUUUUGGUGACUGCCAUAAGUCCAUUUUUGCUCAUGCUGAUAGUGUUAUGGGAGUGCAAUUUGUGCACAAUACUCAUUACAUGUUUAGCGUGGGGAAAGACCGCUUAGUAAAAUACUGGGAUGCUGAUAAAUUUGAGUUGCUUUUAACACUCGAGGGACAUCAUGCGGAUGUUUGGUGCCUUGCAGUCAGCAACCGUGGUGAUUUCAUUAUCACUGGAUCUCACGACCGAUCCAUACGUCGUUGGGAUCGUACUGAAGAACCAUUUUUCAUUGAGGAGGAGAAAGAAAAAAGGUUGGAGGAGAUGUUCGAAUCUGAUCUUGACAAUGCAUUUGAAAACAGGUAUGCAACCAAAGAGGAAGUCCCUGAGGAGGGUGCUGUGGCCUUAGCAGGGAAGAAGACUCAGGAAACCCUUACAGCAACCGACUUAAUUAUUGAUGCACUAGACUUAGCAGAGGUAGAACUGAAGCGUAUUGCUGAACAUGAGGAUGAGAGAAACAGGGGGAAAGUUACUGAAUUCCAACCAAAUGUCAUCAUGCUUGGGCACUCGCCAUCUGAUUAUGUUCUCCGUGCACUUUCUAAUGUUCACACUAAUGAUCUGGAGCAAACGUUGCUGGCUUUACCGUUCUCUGAUGCUUUGAAGCUUAUAUCUUACUUGAAGGAUUGGACUUCAAAUCCUGAUAAGGUUGAGCUCAUUUGCAGGGUCGCUACAGUGCUAUUGCAGACACAUCAUAAUCAGUUGGUUACUACUCCUGCUGCCAGACCCGUGCUUACAGUUCUUAAGAGCAUUCUUUAUGCAAGAGUCAAGGAAUGCAAAGACACACUUGGUUUCAACCUUGCUGCUAUGGAUCAUAUCAAGCAAUUAAUGGCUUCAAGAUCCGAUGCACUCUUUCGAGAUGCAAAAUCAAAGUUACUAGAAAUUCGAGCACAACAUUCAAAACGUUUAGAUGCAAGGUUAGAGACAAAAGAAGAAAAGCGGAAAAAGAAGAAACAGAAGAAAUGAAGUGAUAUGCAUGGUUGGACAUGAAUUUUAGGGUGAGAGUCGAGACACUGUUCCUGAUACUUUUAGAGAGGAACAUCAAGCUCGGGCGCAUAUGACUUUGUGAAAACAAUGCUGGAAUUAAAGUUGCUACUAGUUAAUUGAAGGCUUGGAUUACUAUACAAUCAAAAGAAAUUCCAUAUUUUACACACGACAAGUGAGGUAAGAAAAACUGGACCAAGUAUAUCCUAAAGGUCAAUCAGGCAAACAACUUGAGAUUAUCCUUUUUUCAUGCAAAUCUAGGCGGGUGGUUUUUGCCUCUGUAAUUUAAAGAGGGCCGUUUGCUUAGAAGUUUUGUUGCUGUCAGUUGUAAUUGUGACAUCUAGUGUGAUUUUAGUGAGGAAUUUGAAUUACUUGUUUUGUUUUUUUC